AUGAAGCAAUUUCCAAUUCCAUAUCCUGAACCAUGGUGCUUAGUUAUUGCUAACACACACAAUUUUGCUCAAACUGUUGAUGUUGUUCUUUUGUUUACUCAAAGUGUGUUUGUAGAAGGUACAUAUCGAACAGGUUAUAGUGCAGACAAAGACUUCACCUUAGGGACGAGUAGUCUAACUGGCACCUUUGAUAACAAUAACAAAAGGAGAAAUAUUAAGCAGAAAAAUAUGCCCAGAGAACGAUUAUGGUAUGUAGACAAUUUGUCCAGGCGAAGUUUUGUCUCAGAGACAUAUUUGGUCAAAGAGCAUAAUAAAGGUGGAGUAAAUGGUUAUGAUAAAUAA